UCUCCUCACUCACUUUCCUCGACAUACUCUCCACGCCGUUCUCCUCCGUUCACCUACACUACCGCAUUCCACUGUAUCCUUCGUCCUUGCCAUAGACCAUCCUCGACGACUUCAAAAGCCUAAAUUGGGUACUCUUAAACCCGGGCUAAGAACAAUAUAACGAAUGCAAAACAGUAUACUAAUUAAAGGCUGUUUCCGCAGUUUCAUUAAUAGCAAUAGUAAUAGUAAUAACAUAUACGCAGGAACACACACGGCCAUAAAAAAUGCGUUUCUCUACGAUCUCACUUGCCGCCGCAGUGUCUGCCUUCCUCAUUGCCGGCCUCUCGGGUGCCGAGGCUGCCGCUUGCGACCCUGCCAAGUGCGUCUUUCCUGCUUGCGCAUCAACUGUUCCUGUUGCGGCUUCGCUCAUGACUCCCCACAGGAACCCCAACGGUUGCCCGAUCAAGGCUACCUGGUUCGCUCAGACUCUCUAUUCAGACUUUGCGCUAAUCCAGCAGUGGUAUGCUGCUGGAAACGAGGUCGCAGACCACACCAUGAACCAUCUCGGAACCCCGCCAGCAGACGAGGUUAUCGGCAACCGCCAGGCGAUUAACGCGUUCUCGGGUAUUCCGUUUGCGAAGCUGAGCGGAUUCCGUGCUCCGUUCUUGAACUAUUCCAAGGCGACCUUUGACAUCCUCGCCCAAGAAAAGUUCCUCUACGAUUCCUCGACCUCGGCUGUGCCCACGGAUGCGUACUGGCCCUACACGCUGGACAAUGGGCUUGCCAACGACUGCUGGAACGGCAUCUGCAACCAGACGAUCAGUAUCCCUGGCAUGUGGGAGAUUCCCAUGCACGCGAUCAUGGACAGCGACCUUCCCACCGCUAACGCCUACUCAAUGGAUGCUCAGCUCAGCGGCACCCCCGACGCUGUCGCGGGCUGGCUCAAGAACAACUUUAACCGCCACUACCAAGGCACGCGCCAGCCCUUCGGUAUCUAUCUCCACCCAGUUCAGGUCACAACCUCUGCAGGACUCUACAACGACUUCUUUGCCUGGGCCGCAGCUCAGAAGGAUGUCUGGUUCGUCACAAACCAGCAGUUGCUCCAAUGGAUGCAGAACCCCGUUCCAGCCUCGCAACUUGCAGACCAGGACUACAUGAAGUGCAACCAGCCUGCGGUCGGAAAGGAGAUUUGUAACGGUUUGGAUGAUACGAAGACCGGAACCAUUGACAAGGGUGUGCUCGAGACUUGUAAUUUUGCGGCGGGUCCUUGGUCGACUUGCUACGGAUGCCCAUCAGAGCAGCCAACCCCGGCUACACCUGUGCCCCUACGCGUCGUUGCGGCGGGCCAGACUAAUUACCGUACGCCGGUGCCUGCGAACUGUGCGAUGGAGUGGUGGGACCCUGUAGCGGCACAGUGCUUGUGCCAGAGCUCGAACUGCACAUUCACCGAUAUUGCAAUGACGACGACGUCGGCCGCGGCCUCGCCCACAGCGACUGGAGGCGCGGAUAUGAACAAGCCCAGUAUGGCGGUCGGUCAGAUGGCUGGUGCUUGGACGGGUCUUGGAGUUAUUGCUGCUGUUGCUGCGGGACUUGUCCAGAUGUUGUAAAAGGACCAUCAUAUCUAGUUAUAUAGUACCG